UCUCACGUCGCCCUAAGGUGGUACUUUCCGCAUCUUCUCCACAACGCAUCAACGCGCCCACAACAACACAGCAAUACAUCCUUUGAUGUUGCUUGUGUGCUGACAACUUCUCACAUCACGGAAAAUGGUUGGUCCUGUAACGAACACGCCGGCAAAGCGAGCCCUCGCUGAAGCCUCGAACAACCGCGUAAACGCAUCGCCCCGUUCCGCAAAGAAGCUCAAACUCGAGAAUGGCACCACCACAAGAGGGCCACUGGCCAAAAAGGUCAAUGGGUCGUUCAACUCGAGCCAGCCGGGACCGAGUCAGUUCGAGAACACGCUGGAGCAGAUGACCCAGGACAUCGAAGCCCUGAAGACGAAGAACGCAGAGAAGGACCAGCAGUGGAAGCGACCGCCGCUACCGAAGGACUUCAGCGAGAUGACUUCGAAGGUCGUCUUUCAGCAGAUCGAAGCUGAGGAGAGUGUGCUUAACGGAGGGAAACCAGCUGUCAAGCUGUUUGGUGUGACGGAGACUGGCCACUCAGUCCUUCUCCAUGUCACCGGAUUUCUUCACUACUUCUACGUCGCCGCACCGAUCAACUUCCAUAAGGAGGACUGCAAGCCAUACCAGAUCUUCCUCGAGAGCGAAUGCCAGAAGCAGUUCAACCAGCACUCAGCCGUCAUUGCCUCGGUUCAAAUGUGCAUGAGGGAGAACAUCCUUCGCUUCCAGGGCAACCAAAAGAGCCCGUACCUCAAGAUCACCGUCAACGACCCCAAGAUGAUCAACCGCGUACGGAUGAUGGUACAGAAGGGUAAUGCCAACUACAAGAGGCUUUGGCCGGCCCGAGAAGAUGGCAUCCUUACCUUUGAUAACAUUACCUACGUACUGAGGUUUAUGAUCGACACAAAGAUCGCCGGUAUGUCGUGGGUAGAAGCACCUGCUGGGAAGUACAAGCUCUUGCACCCACGGGACCAACACUCCAAUUGUCAGAUUGAGGCGCAAAUACAUUAUGCCGACCUUAUCGCUCACCAGUCAGAAGGCGAAUGGGCGAAGUCGGCUCCACUCCGCAUCCUCUCCUUCGACAUCGAAUGCGCUGGCCGCAAAGGUGUCUUCCCGGAGGCGAACGUCGACCCUGUCAUCCAGAUCGCGAACGUUGUUACACGAAAUGGUGAAGAGAAGCCCUUCGUAAGGAAUGUCUUCAGUCUGGACACAGUCAGCCCCAUCGUGGCCACGCAGGUCUUUUCUUUUGCCGACGAAGGUGACAUGUUGAUGAAGUGGCGCGACUUCGUUGAGGAAGUUGAUCCAGAUGUGAUCAUUGGGUACAAUAUUGCCAACUUCGACUUCCCAUACUUACUGGACCGUGCAAAGCACCUCAAGCUUGCAAAAUUCCCUUACUGGUCACGGCUCAAGACUGUACAAUCCAAGGUGGAAAGCUCGACCUUUUCGAGUAAGCAGCUUGGAAGCCGAGACACCAAGACUACUAAUACAAACGGUCGUAUUCAGCUCGAUCUGCUUCAGCUAAUUCAGCGCGAUCACCAGUUGCGAAGUUACACACUCAACUCUGUUAGCGCCCAUUUUCUGAAAGAGCAAAAGGAGGAUGUGCACCACAGCAUGAUUACAGAAUUGUUCAAUGGUGACCCUAACUCUCGACGGAGACUGGCGGUGUACUGCCUGAAGGAUGCCUAUCUGCCACAGCGACUCCUGGAUAAGCUCAUGUGUCUGGUCAACUACACUGAGAUGGCCAGGGUCACCGGUGUACCUUUCAACUACCUGCUUGCUCGAGGUCAACAGAUUAGGUUCGUCAGCCAGCUGUUCCGAAAAGCCCUUGAUCAUCAACUCGUUUGUCCGGAUCUGCCGAACCAAGGCGACAGUGGUGAUCCAUACGAAGGUGCGACCGUCAUUGAACCGAAGCGUGGAUAUUACAAGCAGCCAGUCGCUACACUCGAUUUCGCUUCGCUGUAUCCGAGUAUCAUGCAAGCACACAACCUCUGUUAUACAACCUGGCUCGACAGGGCGACCGUGGAGAAACUCAAAAUGAAGAAAGACGAGGACUACAUCGUUACACCGAAUGGCGAUAUGUUCUGCACUGUGAAGACACGCAAGGGUCUGCUUUCACAGAUUCUUGAAGAGCUGCUGGGUGCCCGUAAAAGGGCUAAGAAGGAGCUAGCCAUUGAGACAGACCCCUUCAAGAAGGCUGUGUUGAACGGUCGCCAGCUGGCUUUGAAGGUCAGUGCCAACUCUGUGUAUGGCCUCACGGGUGCUACGAACGGCAAGUUGCCUUGUCUGGCAAUUGCAAGUAGUACGACCAGUUUCGGCCGUCAAAUGAUUGAGAAGACUAAGGAAGAAGUUGAAGCGAAGUACACCAUCGCAAAUGGCUACAGUCACGAUGCGGAAGUCAUCUACGGUGACACUGAUUCCGUCAUGGUCAAAUUCGGCACCUCUGAACUGCCGGAAGCUAUGAAGCUGGGCGAGGAGGCAGCAGAGUACGUGUCUUCAAAGUUCAUCAAGCCCAUCAAGCUCGAGUUCGAGAAGGUCUAUUUUCCUUAUCUGCUCAUCAACAAGAAGCGUUACGCUGGUCUUUAUUGGACGAAUCCGAACAAGUGGGACAAGAUGGACACGAAAGGCAUCGAGACGGUUCGUCGCGACAACUGUCGCCUUGUGCAAACAGUCAUCGAAACAUCACUACGCAUGUUGCUGAUAGAUCAAGACCCUGACGGUGCGCAAGAGUUCGUGAAGGACACUAUCUCGGACCUCUUGCAAAACAAGAUUGAUAUGUCAAACCUUGUCAUCACCAAGGCGCUGACAAAACAAGAAGACAAAGAAGGCAAAGGUGGCUACGCCAACAAACAAGCACACGUCGAGCUCGCCGAACGAAUGAAGAAGCGCGACGCAGGUUCUGCUCCAGCUCUCGGUGAUCGUGUUGCCUAUGUCAUGGUCAAGGGCGCCAGCGGCUCGAAAAACUACGAGAAAUCCGAAGAUCCUAUGUGGGUGCUCGAGAACAAUCUGCCUAUCGACACCCGAUACUACCUCGACAAUCAGUUGGCCAAACCACUCGGUAGAAUUUUCGAGCCUAUUCUUGGUGAGAAGAAAGCGAACUCCCUCCUCACGGGCGAACACACUCGAGCCAUCUCUGUUGCAGCACCCACGAUGGGUGGACUGAUGAAGUUCGCAAAGAAGACGCAAACAUGCAUGGGGUGCAAAAAGCCGCUUACUGCAGCGCAUGAGAAGGAGGGCGCUGUCUGUGAGAAUUGCCGGCCGCGCAUUGGUGAGCUAUAUCAAAAGACGCUGAGCAAGGUUAGUGAGCUGGAGGUUCGCUUUUCGAGACUCUGGACACAAUGUCAGCGGUGCCAGGGCAGUAUCCACUGCGAAGUCAUCUGCGCAAGUAGAGAUUGCCCUAUUUUCUACAUGCGCAUGAAGGCGAGAAAGGAUGUCGAAGAUGCAGGAAAGGAGAUGCUGCGCUUUGAUAAAGAUGCUGCGCUCUGGUAGUGUUGCGUAUGUGAAGAGGAAGAGGAUUAUAUGGCGUUUUGUUGCAUGGGCACCAACUGGUGUACUGUCGAUAGGAUACGAUGCAUGCUACUGUACUUUGUUAUAAUGAUGCAUACCUUCAGUUCGUACAGCCUCUACACGGCGCUCUAUCGUAUUUCAUACUAUG